ACUUGGGUUACGUAGAGUAUUAUUACCUAAUGUUCAUUAUUUUAUUUCUUCCGUAAACGUGGUCAUAGUUUUAGGUCUUGACCAAUCGAACUUAUUUUAGCGUUAAAAUUCAAAGCUGAGCGGAAUUUUCAUAUAUGAAUGAUGUAAUUGUCGUAAUUUGAUGCUUGUGUUAUUUUUUGAUUGCUGUUCGUCGCCUUCCGCUGUACAUCUGAAUGAACUAUAAGCUAACUGGGUUUUCCAGUCAUCUUUUCACUUUUACUGUCUUUUCGCAACCCCGGGUACUUAUAAGUACCUUUUGGCCUGACGCGGUCCGCUACAAUUUAAUAUAUUUAUCCAAAUAGAUGAGUGUAUUUUGCGCCAAAGUCCGAGACCUGUUACUUUACACGUGAUUGGUUCGUCCAUAGAUUAUGGUCUUGCCGUGUCUGAUGUAAGAUUAGAUGGGAAGAAAACCAUGCGCAAUCAAAUCAAAACUUGAUACCAGUCCAUGAACAGUUAACGAUCGAAUGAAGCCAUUUUAACAGGUAAAAAAAGAGGAUGGUUCAUAAUCUGACUGAUGAUAUUGAUUUAAAAGUGUCAACACUUGAUCCAGAUAUACAAAUUGGAGAAGUGUAUAAAGUUUUACGAUCUACUGGUCAAUACUAUCCUGCCGCUGUAAUUGAAGGUCGUAUAGAUGGUAAUGGGAAUAAAGAAUAUUAUGUUCAUUAUUGCAAUCACGACCGUAGAUUAGAUGAAUGGGUUACAUCUGAACGAAUUGACCGUUCCGCAAAGCUCAAAAUUCCAUGCGAGUCGUCUCUUAACCAGUUAACAGAUUCUGCUGGGUGUGAUGUCCGAUUCACCAGAAAUCAGAAACGCAAGUUGGAAGAAACUUCCAAAGUUCUUCAAGAAAGUGACUCUUUAGACUCUACUACGCAAAAAUUGGAGCUUGAAUAUCAAGAAUUUACUCGAGUGAAAUUUAUUGAUCAGAUACAAUUUGGCAAGUACGAAAUUGACACAUGGUAUUUUUCACCUUAUCCCGAAGAAUUUAGACAAGUGAAAAAGUUAUGGAUAUGUGAAUAUUGUUUAAAAUAUAUGAAGUAUUCAGAAACAUGGUUAAACCAUAUAAAAUAUGAUUGUAAAGCAAAACGACCUCCUGGUAAAGAAAUAUACAAUCAUGGAAAUCUAUGCGUUUUUGAAUUAGAUGGCAAUGUACAAAAGCUUUACUGUCAAAAUCUAUGUCUGUUGGCCAAAUUGUUUCUAGAUCAUAAAACACUUUAUUAUAAUGUCUCACCAUUUAUAUUCUAUGUUCUAUGUGAGAUAGACAAUAAUGGAGUACAUAUUGUUGGUUAUUUUUCCAAGGAAAAAGUAUCUGCUGAUAAUUAUAAUCUUGCAUGUAUCUUGACUUUACCACCGUUUCAACGUCGUGGAUAUGGUCAUUUCUUAAUUAGUCUCAGUUAUGAAUUAGCUAAAAUUGAACAAAUUGUUGGUACACCAGAGAAACCUCUCUCCGAUUUAGGUCGUUUAAGUUAUCGUAGUUAUUGGGAAAAGGUGAUAUUGAAUUUUCUAUUAGAAAAUCCUAAUUGUACAAUGAAUGAAUUAAGUAAAACAACAUGUAUUGCCAUUGAUGACAUUAUUUGGACAUUACAAUAUCAUCCAAUUAUUAAUAAUUGGCAACAUGGUCAUCAAAUAUGCCUACAUCGUGAUACUAUACAACAAUAUUUGAAUCAAUUAAAUGAUGAACAUUCUAUGAAAGCCUUUCCUACAGAUGGUAAAGAACAACGGAAAAUUCGUAAAUUGAUGCAUAAAAACUCUUUUGUAUUGGAUAUCAAUCGACUGAAAUGGGAUCCACCAAUUAAACCAUCACAGAAUAACAAAGAAAGUCAAAUGUAGUUAAUGCUGUUACGUAUUUUUUUUUGUGUGUACAAAUUCAGUGACUACUGUUAUUAUCAUCGUCAGUAGUUAUAAGAUUCUCUUUAAAGUUUUAUUUUUUGUUUUUAUAAUCAACUAUUUUUUGUUGUUGAUUUAUUUAAUUGUGCUAUUAUUAAUUAGUGCAUGAAGUUGAUCUCCCUUAACAUUUCGAUGUAAAUACAAGUUUCUUUUAAUAAAUUAAAAUUAAAUGUGCAUUUAUUGUCCAUCUAGAAAUUUUGCUUUGAUGUUUAUUGGUUCUAUGUAAAAGUUUUCAAGAUGCGUUGAAUGUGUGGUCUUGUGUAAUUGUUGAAAUUUUUGAAAAAAGAUUAUUUGCUUACGAAAUAUAUUGAGGUAAAAUACAUUUAAAAAAGUUUAUUCCUUU